AUGGCUCCCGUAACCGAAAUCGUCCUCCACAGCCUCAAGCCAGGCACAGACGUGGAGACAUUCUACAAGCUCUUCUCCGUCAUCAAAGAGCAAUCGGGCGCCCAAGCCGUGCGUGCUUCCACCGUGCACGAGAACCCCGAGCAGGUCGACCUCUUCAUCGACUGGGACAGCAUCGAGUCGCACCAAGCCCUGCAGGCCCAAACAGAAGCCUACGGCGCCUUCAUCGACCAGGUCAAGCCCCACGUCACCAAGCUAGCUACCGUGAUCCACGCAGAGCUGACUCCGUUCCCGCCCACCGUGCUGGAUAAUGCCGAUGGCAAAGGCAAAUCCCCCGUUGCCCAGCUCAUAUUUACCUACUUCGCGCCUGACACCGACGCGGCCAAGACGCUUACCGAGGCGCAAAAGUUCGUCUCUAAGCUGUCUGGCACGAGCCUCGCGGGAUUGACGGGUGAGUCCUCUUUCGGCUGGACGGUCGAGAAGGACGUUGAUUUCAAGGGCGAGAAGACCCGCGUGUUAAUUAUUAUCCUGGGCUGGGAGAGCGUUCAAGCUCAUUUGGAGGCGCGCGAGACAGAUGCUUGGAAGAGUAUAAUUGGCGAGUUCCAGGGCGCUGCAGAGGGCCUUAAGGGCUUCGAAGUCACCCACGUUAGCACCAAAGCUGUAUAG